AUGACUUCCGAAGACUAUACUCAUGAAGCCACCCGGCCCCAGGGAAUUCCGUAUUGGCGCCUACUCACCGACCAAGGCGUCGUCACGCCCGAAAUAAUCAACUAUCCAUAUCGGGGCUCCGGCACAGAUGAUGAUCCCUACAUCGUGGAAUGGAUCCCUAAUGAUCCCCGCAACCCGAUGUUGCUUAACAAAUCCCUGAAAUGGGCUUACACUAUCACCGUUGCAUUCGCCACGUUCGGUGUCUCGCUUUCCUCCUCCGCUUAUGCAGGAGGCAUCCAGGAAGUCAUCAAACACUUCGGCAUCGGCGAAGAAGUGGCAACGCUCGGUGUGUCACUAUUCGUCCUAGGCUUUGCAGUUGGCCCAUUAGUAUGGGCGCCUCUGAGUGAACUGAUCGGCCGCCAGAUCGUUUUUUUUAUCUCAUAUGGGGCUCUUGCAUUCUUCUGUGCCGGCGCUGCCGGUGCACAAAAUAGCUGGACGUUGAUCAUCCUGCGCUUCUUUGCUGGCUCAUUCGGAUCCUCGCCAUUAACGAACGCUGGCGGCGUCAUCGCCGAUAUCUUCCCAGCAGAAGAACGAGGUCUAGCAACAAGUUUAUUCGCCGGCGCACCGUUCCUAGGUCCAACCCUAGGCCCCGUAAUCGGCGGCUUCCUCGGCGAAAACGCCGGCUGGCGCUGGGUACAAGGCUUCCUCGCAACUUUCACCGGUCUAAUCUGGAUCGUGGAAUCGCUCCUUGUGCCCGAAACCUACGCACCACUACUUCUCCGCAAACGUGCCGCCCGCCUCACAGCCCUCACCGGCAAAGCCCACCGGAGCAAGCUCGAUCUCGAACGCGGCAAAGUAACCAUGGCAAGCGCUUUCGGCGCCGCCCUCCUUCGCCCCUGGAUCCUCCUCUUCGCCGAACCUAUCGUUCUCCUCCUCUCAACCUACAUGGCCAUCGUCUACGGUACGCUCUACAUGCUCUUCGACGCCUUCCCAAUCGUCUUCCAACAGCUCCGCGGCUGGUCCGAAGGCGUCGGCUCCCUCCCAUUCCUCGGCGUCAUGAUCGGCAUGAUGCUUGCCGUCGCCCUAAACAUGCUCGACAAUAAACGCUACGUCGCAAUCCACAAAGCUCACCACGGCUUCGCUCCCCCCGAAGCUCGUCUCCCGCCCACCAUGCUCGGCAGCGUCGCCAUCCCCAUCGGCCUCUUCUGGUUCGCCUGGACUAACGCGCCCCCCGUCCACUGGAUCGUGAGUAUCAUUGCCGCCGCCCCCUUCGGUUUCGGUAUGGUUCUCGUCUUCCUCAAUAUCAUGUCCUACCUUAUCGAUGCAUAUACUAUCUACGCUGCCAGCGUGCUGGCCGCAAACUCCAUUAUCAGGUCCUGUUUUGGUGCCGGCUUCCCCCUCUUCACCACCUACAUGUAUCGCAAUCUAGGGGUCCACUGGGCUUCCUGUAUUCCUGCUUUUCUGGCCCUUGCUUGUCUGCCUUUUCCGUUUGUUUUCUAUAAAUAUGGUGCUGUUAUACGGAGGAAGUGUAAAUAUGCGGCUGAGGCGGAUGAUUUUAUGAGGAGGUUAGCGGAGAAGACGGUCCCUCCAGAGGAGGAGGAGGAGAAGAUCAUUGAUGAAGAGGUUAGGGCUCAGGCUGAGGGGCGGGGAAGUGCCGAUGGUGGAGAAGAUUUGGAGAGGUUGGAGUCCGGGGGUAGGAGCUCACUGUCGACUGUGCGUGACGGGACUGCGGGUUACGAGGUUAAUCCGUAUGAUAUCGAUCGUGUUAAUACGAGGCACUCGGCCAUUUCGAGACGGUCCAGGUCCAGGUCUGCUAAGAGGAGGAAGAGAGGGUUUUUAGGGGUUUGA